AUGCUUAAAGCAAUAAAAUUUAGAUCAUCAAAUGGACAAUUGGAAGUCCUUGAUCAGCUUUUACUUCCCCACACAAUGAGUUACAUAAAAAUAAGCACAGUCGAAGAUGGAUGGAAUGUGAUUAAUAAAAUGCAGGUCCGCGGUGCUCCAUGCAUAGCAAUUGUCGGUGCACUUAGUUUAGCCGUUGAGAUUUGGAAUGAGGAAGUAGCAGACAAGAAAAUAUUCUUAAGUGAGAUUGAAGGGAAGUUAAACUACUUGAUUUCAGCACGUCCAACGGCUGUCAAUAUGAAGAAGGAAUCUCAAAAUUUGAUGGAGUUUGCGACGAGUCUGUGUAAUGAUUCAGAAUGUGAUCCAAGUGAUAUGAAAAAGAAAUUUAUUGAUCAAAUUAUACAAAUGCUCGAGAAAGAUAUUGCAGACAAUAAGGCAAUUGGAAAGUAUGGAAGUGAAGCUAUUAUGGCAACUUGCAAGGGCUCAAGCCAGUCUGUAAAUUUAUUAACUCAUUGUAAUACGGGAAGUCUUGCAACAGCUGGAUAUGGAACGGCUCUUGGUGUUGUUCGUGCCAUGCAGGAGAGUGGCAAACUCAAUCGAAUCUACAUGACUGAAACUCGUCCAUAUAAUCAAGGGAGUCGUCUUACUGCCUUCGAAAUGGUCCAUGAGAAAUUUAGUGCAACAUUAAUCUGUGAUUCAUCUGUGGCCUAUCUCUUCCAGAAGAAGCACAUUAAGGCUGUCGUUGUUGGUGCUGAUCGUGUUGCUGUUAAUGGCGAUACAGCCAAUAAAAUUGGAACUUAUCAAAUUGCAUGCUUAGCACAACAUCACGGUGUUGACUUUUAUGUCUGUGCACCAUUCUCGUCCAUUGAUCCGUCAAUUAGUUCCGGUGAUCAAAUCAUUAUCGAGGAACGACCAGAACGGGAAAUGACUUAUGUUAAUGGCGUUCGAAUUGCGGCACAAGGAAUUGAAGUAUGGAAUCCUGCAUUUGAUAUUACCCCAGCGAGUCUGAUUAAGGGAAUUAUUACCGAGAAAGGUGUCUAUGAGCCAAAAGACUUGAAGGACUGCUUCGCACAAAGUUGAAUAACAUAAAUGUUGCCUUGAGUGUUGUACUGGAUGAUGUCAGGUUUUAGUUGAUUUUGUUAAUUUAUUUUCUUUUGGGGUCUUUGUGGUUUUGGAUAUUGUUGAUGUCAAAUUUUGGACGUAGACUAAGUAUAUUCACUCAUUAGCAUUUAAUAAGCCGUUCCAUUUUAUUAUUUUUAAAUGAAUCAUUAUUUUUGUAACAUAAAAUGGCUUGUAGCAGAAGAUGGAGUAAACUCAAGUCAGGGUUAUGGUCCCAAAUAUUUCUUUGUUGUUGUUUGAAUCUCUUAAACACUCAUUGGAUCAGAUACUUAGGUACAAGCAUUAUCAAGUUCAGUAUGCACAAUUGUGUUAACAAAACCUGGUUUGAGUAAAAACUACACACAAGCCAUGUCUAAAGCCCAACUCAAAGGUCUUCCUUAUCU